AUGACAUCGCCCGGGGAUGCUGCUCCGGUCAAACCUCCGCCGUCCUUCUCCCCCGGCGUUGCGCGAGUCGCAUCCACAUCGCCAUCACGAUACGCCGGGGAGCAUGAGCCGCAAUCUUUAGAUGCCGAACUGGCAGAAUCCCAAACAGUCUCAUCGCCACCCCCUCUCUCAGGCACGAUCGCCGACUUACCAAUACGAUCCGGCUCGUCGCACUCGCGCUCUGGGAGAUCCUCCACCCCACAAUUAGCAAGGUCAUCAAUCGGUUCACCUUUUGAUGGAAGGGCUGAUGGAUCGGACGACAUCAGAACAUCAAUCAUCCGGUCAUUCUCACCCACGAUCGCAGUCCAUGCCUCCGAGGAUACUGAUAAUUUGGUGCGGAGUAAGGGGUUCAAGGGGGGAUUUUGGGAGUUGGUCCGACCUUUUGGAGAGACAGUUUCCGGAAAGGUGGUCAUCCGGGACAGUAUAGGCUCGAGUCGUGCAUGGGAAGACUAUGGAGUGCGCUUUGCGGAUUUCAAAGGGAUCGGCAGGGCGCCGGCUAGUCGAGACCCUGGGCCCCUGGCGCAGAUGGAAGAAGUGUUGACGAAGCAGUUAAACUCCUCAGAUGGCAUGCUUGGUGUAUCUGUCCGGACAAAGGACGUUUUGGGAUUCCCUGCAACAACUCCUUUAUGCAAGUCGUUUUUGCAACAAGUGCUGUGUUCGGCACCGACAGCGCCCCAUGAGACAUUUGGCCACCCAGUAGCCAAUGUAAUAGCAAUCAGCUCGCGCAAUCCAGCCCCGCUGGAGACACUCCGGCAACUUUAUGCUGAUGGUACCACUGGAUCCCAACAGUUACCCGAAUGGGUCAACCAGGAGUAUCUUCGAUAUUACGUUUUAGUUCAUGACGAAGAACGAGACGAUAUCACGGAAUCUAUCAAGCUUUAUGAUCAAAUGAAGCGGCACUUUGGGCUUCACUGUCAUCUUUUAAGACUACGGAGCAGUCAGUGUGUGGUGACAGACGAUGACAGCAUGCAAGUUCCCCAGUGUGAAUGGCUCUCGCCGGCAGAGCACCUGUCGGGAGCAGGCGAAGCAGGCAAGUUUCUACCGCCAUGUGUUAGGACGGCAUUUAUCCGAGAACUCGUGGUGCAGUCUGUCAUCCCAUUCAUGGAGAAUAAAGUAGCUGUUUGGAACGAUCAGGUUGCAUCUCGGAGGCGUGGUAUAAGUGGCAGAUUUAUGUCGAUGUCUCGGCGAUGGGCUGGCUUCGGUUCCAGCUCACGUUCAAGUAUUGGAGGGCCGUCGGGUGGCAACAGCGGUAACUACGAUCCAGCGCAACAUUCUUACAGUCCAGACUCCCAGGAGGCUAUCUUGCGAAAGAUGGCAGACUUUGCGUUCAUGCUCCGGGAUUGGAAGCUAGCUACGUCCACAUAUGACAUGAUUCGAUCUGAUUUUGGCAAUGACAAAGCUUGGAAGUACCAUGCAGGCGCCCAUGAAAUGUGCGCUGUUAGCAUGCUUCUAAAUCCGUUGGCCACAUCGGCCAAAAUCAAGCUUGAAAGCGUCGAUCAAAUGUUCGAGACUGCUUGCUACUCCUAUCUCACACGUUGUUCAGAUGCGCCACAUGCACUGCGCUGUUUAUCCCUAGCGGUUGAGCUUCUCAAGUCUCGUGGCGGGUCAGCCACUGAAAGUGCAGCCAAAUGGGCCAUGCGGGUCAUGGACUUUGGUCUUGUGGGCUCAGUGGGCCAGAUUCUAUACACCGAGAGGGUAUCAGCUUGUUAUGCUUCAAAGACACCAAUUGGAGCAGCAAAAUGGGGUGGGCGUCGUCGAAAAGCCGGCAUGUGGAGCAUGCUUGCUGCCGAUCAAUGGCUCAAAGCUGGGCAACCAACCCUAGCUUCAGCCUGUUUGGAAGAAGCUGAGCGUCUCUAUGCUGACGUGCUACAGGCUGAUGGGGUGUUCCCCAUGCCUGAGAUGCAGAGCUUCGUCGAUAACCUGCGCCAUGCUGUCAAGGUUGAAUAUCUUGAAUCGAGGGGAUUCGAUGCCCGAGAUGAACCGGCGAGCGAUGAUCCCCUGGGCACUGAGGAGACUAGUGAGAAGCUCGACAUGCGCCAUCAUCGCCGGUCUUUAAUUGGGCUUCCUGUGCAGCUGGAUGCCGGAACUUUCAACUCGACGCAGGGGUCUCUGGACCCCGAGAAUCCAUCAAGUGAUGACUUCGAACGAGCUUAG